AUCGCAGUGGUUCGAUCCCGCGUGCCUCAAGUUGACAAUUGACCAGAGUGAAGAAAAUGUCUGAUUGUCGUCUUUUGCUCAUCACGCUAGCGUCGCUAGCCGGAGUGUUUUUCAAACAUCGUACGAAGGCUGAUCAGGUCAACGGUGAAGCCUGCCUUGUGGAUUCACUCUUUAGAAUGGUCGCUGAAUUGAACGUGACGAUGCAGGAAAUAGAGUCGGAAGUCACUGAUUUGAAAAGGGAAUUGGAGAAUGAAAAGGAAAAAAGAAUCAAUUUGGAGGAGAAAAACGUGAAAUUGCGAAAAAUCUCCGAUGUCUUCCAAACAAACAACCAAAGCUUAAUAAUUUUGACUCAACAAGUACAACACGCUAACUGUCAACUACAAUCACAUAAUCAACAACUCGUUUACAUGCAGAACGUUUCGCUAGAAUUGCAAGGAAACGUUGCUAAACUCCAAGAAAGCAAUUGUGAAUUACAGCAAACUUCAGACAGUUUGAAGGCAGCUGUUGCUCAUCUUGGAUACAAUUUAUCAAACAUUACCGACGAAGAUUGUUGCAGUAGCACAACAGGAACGAUGACAUAUAAGGAAAUCAAGUCCUGUGACUAUUUGGUACUCGGUAGCUCGUUUUUGCUGCCUGAGUCAACCUGUAGGCUAAUAGCUCUCAAGUAUAAUUCAUUUUCUCACAAUGGACAAUAUUGGAUUAAACCAUCUUGCAACAAUCCAUCAUUUCAAGUAUUCUGUGAUGCGAGUGAAGGUUGGACUUUGAUCAUGAAAAUUGAUGGAAAUCGGCAAACGUUUAAAUACAACAGCGACUUGUGGUCGAACAAGAAAACAUUUCAACCAAACAACUUGGAUUUGGAUGACAAAGAAACGAAACUGGCUUCGUAUUGGACACUACCAUUUACUGAACUUCGUCUGGGAAUGAAAGUAGAUGGAACGACCAGAUGGAUCACUUUCCGCUAUACCGCAUCGUCUCUCUACAGUCUUAUUGCUGAUGGAAAAUACAGGAGCACGAGUAUUGGUAAGACUAAGUGGAGAAGUCUACUGUCAAGGUCAUCUUUGCAAAGAAAUUGCAACAAGGAAGGAUUCAACGCGAUUCGAGUUCGCCUAGGAUUAACUGCUAACCAAGAAAACGAUUGUCAGACUCCAGACUCUUACAUUGGUUUUGGAUUCAAGGGCAGAAAAUAUAGUGCUGGAAACUACGCACACGGUCGCUACCAUGCAGACCAUGGUGGUGUAAACAUCAAAGCAAUUGGCUACAUCAUGGCACGUUAAUUAACAUCAAUAGACUCCAGAGAUAUACACCGUUUCUGAACUUAUGAAUGUGAUUGUCGUUGCAGCUAUCGAGAGACUGGUGUUAGCAACAAUACAAUGUAUAUACAUUGUCAAAUUUAGAAAAUCUCGUAGACUUGCAGAAUUGCUUAGUAGAUAGUGAAUGAACAAAUUCUAAACAUAUCAACAAUGAA